UCGAUAUGGACACACGCUUGCUGACUGCACUGUUGCUGCUAGCGGCUUGCAUGGCCGAGGAUCCCGAUCUGGAUCAGGAUCAGCCGAGGGUCACGUUCAAGCCGGGCCGAUAUGUCCCCCAACUGCACGGUGCCACCGGUUGGUAUAUUCCGGAUAAUAGUGGAAAGUACCGGCACGAUCCCAGGCCCUAUGACGGCGGCUACGGAGAUCGUGGUGUUCCCUAUGAUUCCGACUUGAGCGGCAUUUUCCGUAAUGCCCAGCAACAAUUGGAGGCAAAGGUCCAGGAGGCCGGCGAAGGUCUGUCCCUUGGCCCACGAGAUCAUCUGCGUUUUAUGAUCGACUUUAACUUCAAUGGCACCGGCUGGCAGAUAAUCCAGUUUCAAUGGGUGCGAGAUGGCGAUGAGUCCCAUCCAGAUACCAGGGAGUACAGCUACUUGACUGAGAACAAGCUGUGGGAGUCGGAUCAGGCCUAUGAGUACCAGGAACCUGACGAUAGCUGUCAUAUGAACUGUCAGCCGGAGACGCAGGAAUACCAGGUGCAACCGGAGCCUGUCCAGAUGCCAGUUGUGCAACCAACUCAGGAGCAGCAACCGUCAGGAACUAACAUCAAUUCAGAGCAGGAUCCUGGCAAGAUUCAUGACACCAUCAAUGAGGUCCUGGAGUACAUACAACAACGAAUCCUGCCCACAUUGCCAGCCAAAAGGGAAUAACGUGGCUGCACUGACAUACUGAACAUUUAAUAAAUAAUGAAUGAA